GCGCAUGCGCCAUGUGCCCCUGUGGCGUAGGACCUCGUCCCGUCGCGACUCAGCGCAAGGCGGGGACUGUUGUUGAGGGGCUUCGGCCGUCAGAGUAGACAUGGGGGCCGGCCGUACCGGGGCUGUGCUUGCCGCCCUGGGAGUGCUUAGUGUCUGUGCGGCCAGCGGCUCAAGGCCCGUGGCGGAGGGGGAGACCGGCGGGGAGUUGGAGUGGGCGGAGCCGUGGGACGGCGCAGUUUUCCGGCCUCCCUCCGCGCUGGGCGCAGUGCGGGUGGCGCGAGGUCCGGGGACCCCGCGGCCGGGGAGGGGGGAGGCGGUGGACCUGCCAGUGCUGCUAUGGUGGAGCCCAGGGCUGUUUCCUCACUUCCCGGGCGACUCGGAGCGCAUCGAGUGCGCGCGCGGCGCGUGCGUGGCGUCCCGGGACAGACGGGUGCGGGGAGACUCGCGGACGCGCGCGCUGCUCUUCUACGGCACCGACUUCCGCGCGUCCGAAGCGCCGCUGCCGCGCUUGGCGCACCAGAGCUGGGCGCUCCUGCACGAGGAGUCGCCCCUCAACAACUUCUUGCUGAGCCACAGUCCGGGCAUCCGCCUCUUCAAUCUUACCGCCACCUUCAGCCGUCACUCGGACUACCCGCUGCCGCUGCAGUGGCUGCCCGGGACCGCUUAUCUGCGCCGCGCGGCGCCUCCGCUACCGGAACGCGCGGACUGGCGCCGCCGGGGCUACGCGCCGCUGCUCUAUCUGCAGUCCCACUGCGACGUGCCUGCGGACCGAGACCGCUACGUGCGCGAGCUCAUGCGCUACAUCCCGGUGGACUCAUAUGGGAAAUGCCUGAAGAAUCGGGAGCUGCCCACGCCGCGGCUACAGGACACAGCCACAGCCACCACUGAGGAUCCAGAACUCUUGGCCUUCUUGUCCCGCUAUAAGUUUCAUUUGGCCCUCGAAAAUGCCAUCUGUGACGACUACAUGACGGAAAAACUGUGGCGCCCCAUGCACCUCGGUGCUGUGCCUGUGUAUCGCGGCUCUCCCUCUGUGAGGGACUGGGUGCCCAACAAUCACUCCAUCAUCCUCAUUGACGACUUUGAGUCGCCGCAGAAGCUGGCAGAGUUUAUUGACUUUCUGGACAAAAAUGAUGAGGAAUAUAUGAAAUACCUGGCAUACAAGCAACCUGGGGGCAUCACCAACCAGUUCCUUCUGGAUAGUCUGAAGCAGCGGGAGUGGGGAGUGAAUGAUCCUUUACUGCCUAACUACCUUAACGGCUUCGAGUGUUUCGUCUGUGACCACGAACUGGCUCGGCUGGAUGCCGAGAAGGCCCAUGCAGCCUCUCCUGGGGACAUCCCUGUCCCUGAGCCUCAUAUUGCCCAGCCCUCACACAUGGACUGCCCAGUGCCCACACCUGGCUUUGGCAGUGUGGAAGAGAUUCCUGAGAAUGACAGCUGGAAGGAGAUGUGGCUGCAAGAUUAUUGGCAAGGCCUGGACCAGGGGGAAGCUCUCACUGCCAUGAUCCACAACAAUGAGACACUGCAGAGGAAAUUUUGGGAUUACCUAACUGAGAUCUUCAUGAAAAGGAACCAAAAUCUCUAAUUACUCUUGCAAGAGUCCUUAACUUGAUAGAGCUAAGGAGAUGGAAGUCCUUAUUCUACCAUGGGACAUGAAGGGUAUCUGCUAUGCAAGUUCUUAAUGAACACUGUCUUACCAUGAAUUCAAAGAAUAAGUUAUAUCUACUGAUAUUUUAUCCUAAAGAUGUGUAGCCAGGGUCUCAGUCUAUGGUAAUAGGGCCUCUCCUCAAGGAGAGAUGGAGGCAUCCAGUUCUUGGUUUAGUGGGAACCAGAAGCCUGAAACACCCAUUUGAUUAAAGGUGCUGAUCAACAAAAAUUUUAAAGAACUGCUUAUUUCUCUAGCCAUAUCAUCCUCUCAGUCAUGAUUGGGACAACACGUUAGUACUUGGCUGUGAAUGAGGUAAGAUGGGCCAGGUUUAGCGUCUUUAGAAAACUACUGUGCUAUUCCUCAAACCACUCAUUAUUCAGUACCUUUCCCAAUCUCUUUUCCUCAUCUCUUGCUUUAUAAACUGUUACAUUGGUGGUGAAGCAAAACUUCUGGUGGGUUGUAUUCUGGCUCUCUGGAGUUGUAUUUUUUAUAUCAUUUACUUUGCUUUUCAUGUCAACCUUUUCAUUUUGAAUGGCUUUUUCUUUCCUGGUUUUCCACAAUUUCUGUUGGAGACGGAGUAGCCUUGCCACUAUUCCCACAUUCGUUUUCCCCAGCAUUAAACUGCCUGUAGAUUUGACAGCUUUUCUUACUGCUGGUUUGCUUCUUAUCUAGGGCAUAUCUGAAAUUCCUUCUCAACUCAUGAGUAGAAAGAUUCAGUGGCUAAUAAAUGUCAUGCCAAUUUAAUGAAUUGUCCUGCUCUAUUUUAGAUUAGAGAUGGAGACUCAGGCUGGAAAUGACAGCAGAAAAAGCUAUAAUGAUUUUGAAAUGUUGAAAUAGGCCAAUGUGAAUCUAAGUGCAGAUUUUUAUAAGUCCUUGAUCUCUUCUGUCUGCCUAAUGAACUCUUCUAUUAUUUUUAUAUGCUACAAAAGUCCAUUUUCCCACAAAACUCAUGAAAUUAUGGCAGAAAAAAACAGCCCAGCAAUAUAGCUCUAGUAAGUCUCUCAUAUUCUGUGGCACUUUUCACUUUAAGUGGGAUAAAUAUUCCAACUUCAUUCAUUCUAUUCCUGUUACAAUGCACAACUUUAUAGUACUUACUGAGACUACAUUUUGAUGGAGCCCACCCACCUAAGCUCAAGGGCAUGAGAAGCGAAGCAAGACAUUUAAGCCAUCACAAGUGGCUGGCUAAAUAAAAAGUUGUUAGUCAGAUUUAGGGAGGUAGCCAGACCCUUCUCUUGCUGUGGUUUAAACAUACAGCUUAAUGGACAGGGAGACCAUUUGCUUUUUCUGGGGCAGUGGAACAAGAAAGAAUACCUUGGAUCUUAGAACUACCCUGGUUGUAAUAUUGUAUUAAUGAGUUAUCACUAGAGAAGUUCCAUAGCUUAUCAAUAUGUCUGGUUUAACUUUGUGUGUAUGUAUGUAUAUAUACACACAUUAAUUUACAAACAUAUAUAUAUAUAUAGUUGUAAAGACUGAAGAGGAAGAUGAUGCUUAUGACUUCAGUACAGACUAUGUAUAAUAGAAUCUUGUCCUUCUAUAAGAUUUUGUUGGUUUUUAAUAUUUUGAGCAGACUGCUAAGCUGUUCUGUGUGUGAUAUACCAGCUUGUUUUUUUUAAAAUUAAUUUUAUUUUUUUUAAUUUUUGGCUGUGUUGGGUCUUCGUUGCUGUGUGCGGGCUUUCUCUAGUUGCAGCGAGUGGGGGCUACUCUUCGUUGUGAUGAGUGGGCUUCUCAUUGCGGUGGCUUCUUAUUGCGCUGCCUUCUCUUGUUGCGGAGCAUGCGCUCAGCUUCAGUAGUUGUAGUUGUGGCACGGGGGCUCUAGAGCGCAGGCUCAGUAGUUGUGGCGCAGGGGCUUAGCUGCUCCACGGCAUGUGGGAUCUUCCCGGGACCAGGGCUCGAACCCGUGUCCCCUGCAUUGGCAGGCAGAUUCUUAACCACUGUGCCACCAGAGAAGCCCACCAGCUUGUUUUUAAAUUUAAGAACUCCAAAGCUAACAUCAAGUGUUUAUUUAAAAAAAUAAUGGCACCUGCUUGGAAUGGGGUGAAGAUUUACAGAGAAUUUACAAUUUUUGGCUGACAUGAAACUAUAUAAUAUACUGCAAAAUGGAAAUUCUGUAACAGACCUCACAAUAAACAUUUAUAUAUAUGGGGUGCUCAUAUAUUGUAUAUAUAUGAGAUGCUUCAACAACUAGGGUCCUAAAGAUGUGGCCAAGCAAAGCUAUAAUUUAGGCUGGGUUUCACUGCCAGGGUGGUUCUUUUUUCUUUUCCUUUUUUUUUUUUUUGGCUGUGCCGCGUGGCUUGUGGGACCUCAGUUCCCCGACCGGGGACUGAACCCGGGCCCUCGGCAGUGAAAGCACAGAGUCCCAACCACUGUACCACCAGGGAACUCCCUUUUUUUCAUUUUAUUUAAUAAAAAAUGCCCUUCAUAACAGCAUGGAAAGUUUUCUGUUUGGACUUUUGCAGAAAAGAAUAAGAGAGAAAGACAGACCUUCGAAAAUCCUUAUGUUAAAAUUUGAUAUAGUAAGUACUCUUACAAAAGAAGCCAAAUUCAGGACUCUGAUUUCUAAGCUUGCAGUCUAUUUAAAUGCAGAUGCUGGUUUAUGUAGUGCAGAAUACAUUAUUACCCAAGUGCAAAAUAAGGUUAGGACUCGAAUUUCAUUAUGUGCAAUGAAAAGGGUAGGUGAUGGUUAUGCAAGGUGUAGAAUCAUCCCUACCUCUCCUGUCUAAUUACACCAGUUCACACUGGCAUUACCUCAGCACUUUUAUGUACAAAGUAGGCCAGUUUUUUAUGAAUGAUUGUGGCUGGAGACUCAUGCCUGCUUUGUGGUGCUUCCCAGACUUUCUCCUUUAUUCCUCUUACCAUAAAAGUAUUCAAAACCAGGUGCUACAUUUCCACAAGGGAAAGCAGAACCAGGAAUAGCCACAUGGCUGUCUAACUAAAGGCUUCACUUGCUCUGUGGAGAAAGCAAGCAAUGUGAAUUUUCUCUGGUUUGGGGCCCAGCCUGCUCUGUAUACAGUAGCAGGCUUGGGGUUAUUGGUGGUAGAAGUUCUGAUAGGAAUUAGCUUUAUUUGUGUUGCUGCAGUGGGGGUGGAGCAUGGGGCUCAUGCCUUUAUUAUUCCUGAGUUGCUGCUUCUAUUAUCACAGGUUUAAUUUUGUAUAAUAAAUGGCUUCUUUUUAAA